GAUGUAAUGUUGUUUCGUCCAUGUGCAAGAAAAGUAASCCGGUCUGUGUUUAAAAAAUCCUCUUURUUAGCGAAUCGUGUACGAUCAGCAGUAUUGUAUUCACAGUCUUCUUCAUUUCUUGCUGAUAAAGUCAAGGAAAACCWAAAUAUGGCGUCGUGUGCGCCAGAGCAACAUARUUUCCCAAAAGAAGAAGAGAAAAUUUUGGAACUUUGGAAAAAGAUAGAUGCAUUCAAGACMUCACURAAGCAAUCYGARGGUCGACCAAGAUAUUCCUUUUAUGAUGGGCCUCCAUUUGCUACAGGCAUGCCUCAUUAUGGCCAUAUUUUGGCUGGAACUAUCAAGCGCAUUGUCAAUCGACUUGGAAGGUGGAUUGACUUUGAGAAUGACUACAAAACUCUGUACCCAUGGUUUAUGGAAUCCAUAUGGUGGGUUUUCAAACAACUCUAUAAUAAAGACUUGGUGUAUAGAGGAUUCAAGGUCAUGCCUUAUUCCACUGUUUGCAACACACCAUUAUCAAACUUUGAGUCAAAUCAGAACUACAAAGAAGUUGUUGAUCCUGCAGUUUUUGUUAGUUUCCCAUUGGAUGAAAGUCCUGACGUCAGCAUGAUUGCCUGGACAACCACGCCCUGGACACUACCAAGUAAUCUUGCCUUGGUUGUCAAUCCUGAAAUGGAUUACGUCAAAGUGCAAGAUAACAACACUGGCAGAGUAUAUAUCAUGAUGCAAGCAAGACUUGGUGCUUUGUUCAAAACUGAAGAGGAAUACACUAUCCUACAAAGUUUCAAAGGGAAAACUCUGAAAGGAAAGACAUAUCAACCUCUAUUUAACUACUUUGAGGAGAUGAAGCAGACUGGAGCAUUUAGGAUUCUUGUAGAUAAUUAUGUCACAGAUGACAGUGGUACUGGUGUUGUUCACUCUGCCCCGGCCUUUGGUGAGGAUGAUUACCGCGUUAGUCUUGCAAAUGGUGUGAUUAUCAAAGGUGGAAAACUGCCAUGUCCUGUUGAUGCUAAUGGAAAAUUYACUGAUGAAGUAACACAUUUUUCUGGACAGUAUGUGAAGGAUGCUGACAAGAAUAUUGUGAAAUUAUUGAAACAAAACAAUAGACUUGUCCACCAGAGCACAGUUAAACACAACUACCCAUUCUGUUGGAGAUCAGAUAGCCCACUGAUAUACAAGGCUGUUCCAGGAUGGUUUGUCAAAGUUGAAUCGUUUGUUGAUAAUCUUUUGAAAAAUAAUCAGAAGUGUUACUGGGUCCCAGAGUUUGUGAAAGAGAAGCGUUUCCAUAAUUGGUUACAAGGUGCGCAUGACUGGAACAUUUCACGUAAUCGGUACUGGGGCACCCCCAUCCCUCUAUGGGUCAGUGAUGACUACGAGGAGGUUGUAUGUGUUGGAUCUAUUGACGAACUUGCUGAGUUGUCUGGUGUAAGGAUCACAGAUCUUCAUCGGGAAAGUGUUGACCAAAUCACUAUUCCAUCCAAGACUGGGCGUGGUGUUCUCAGACGAGUGGCUGAAGUCUUUGAUUGCUGGUUUGAAAGUGGAAGCAUGCCCUAUGCACAAGUCCACUAUCCAUUUGAAAACAAAGAGGUAUUUGAGAAGUCUUUUCCAGCUGACUUUAUCGCUGAGGGUAUUGACCAGACAAGAGGCUGGUUUUACACUCUACUUGUGAUUUCCACGGCAUUGUUUGACCAACCACCUUUCAAGAAUCUCAUUGUGAAUGGACUCGUACUCGCUGCUGACGGAGCCAAGAUGAGCAAACGAAAGAAAAACUACCCAGACCCAAUGGAGAUAAUCAACAAACAUGGUUCUGAUGCUUUAAGGCUCUACCUCAUCAACUCGCCUGUUGUUAGAGCAGAAACUUUGAAAUUCCAGGAAAAAGGCGUCAAAGACGUGAUUAAAGAUGUGUUUUUGCCCUGGUACAAUGCUCAUCGAUUCCUCAGUCAAAGCAUUGAACAAUUUCAAAGGGACCAUAAUGUGAAGUUCACGUACGACGAGUCAAAGACCAUGUCUCGUUCCAAUAUAAUGGACAAGUGGAUAUUGUCAUUCAAUCAGAGUUUAGUAGAAUUUGUGCAUCAAGAAAUGGCAGGUAGGAAAGAUAAGUAUGUCAUAAAUACUUUGCACGUUCNAUAAGAACUGUUAACGAGCGAGUGCAAAAUUUAUCUGUUCAAGAGAUUUGUACCGGUUGAGAUAACAUAUCUAGGACUAUUUAUAAUGAUGUGUUUUGUGUUGAAGGCACCAUUUACUCCAUUCCUGACUGAGCACAUUUAUCAGAACAUGAAGCCCUACAUUGUAUUUGAAAAGGAUGAGAAAUACACAGACAGUGUACAYUAUCUACUUAUACCCAAAACAAGAAAUGAGCUCAUUGAUAAGGAAAUUGAACGCUCCGUCUCCAGAAUGCAGUCAACCAUCGAACUCGGCCGAGUUAUCAGAGACAGGAAGACCAUGCCAACAAAGUAUCCUUUGCCGGAAGUCGUCAUCAUCCAUCAGGACCAGCAAUGUUUGGAUGACGUCAUAUCACUAAAGAAAUACAUCAUGGAGGAAUUAAACGUUCGUAAAGUGACUGUUUCAUCUGACAAAGAGAAGUUUGGUGUUCGCCUAAAAGCUGAACCUGAUAGUCAGAUUCUUGGAAAGAGGCUUAAGAAGGACUUCAAACAAGUUUUUCAGGCUGUCAAAGAACUAUCUGAUUCAGACCUCAAGACGUACGUAGAGAAGGGUGAACUKACUAUCUGUGGACAUACACUAUCAGGCGAUGAUCUGAAGAUUGCAUACAGUUUUGAUCAGAAUAGCGAUCGACCYUCUUCUUAUGAAGCUCACUCUGAUAACGAGAUCCUAAUUCUUCUUGAUGUGACUCCCGAUCAGACGAUGUUGGACGAGGGCGUGGCAAGGGAAGUAGUCAAUCGUAUCCAGAAACUCAGAAAGAAGGCUGGCUUAAGCCCUGCCGAUGACGUCACCAUUGUCUAUGAAGCUAACACAGGAAGCCCGGCUAAUCGUUUGGCACAAAUAAUCAACACGCAUCAGGAGUAUAUUGAAAACAGCAUCAAGCAGCCUUUGAAACCCGCACCCGUGCCUCCAUUGACAGAAAUCAUACAAGAAAAGAUGGAUGUAAAAGGCGAGUCUCUUCAACUAUGGAUCCUGCGAGGUCAUGAAACCGAUACCAACUCUUCCAACCCCACCCCYGUGUGUACUUUUGUCAACGUUGAACUGUGUGGGGAACCAGGAAAUGGAAUCAAGAGCAAAAGUGCGACUCUUUUACUAGAAAACCCUCAGGGGAGUGGUGACUGCAGUGUCCAAAGUCUACUUGAUCAGGUGAGAGUCAUCUUCUGCUUGGAUGAAAAACGAAAAAUACAACUUUCUACUUCAAAAUCCGGUCAGAAAGGUGUUAAGACAUCGGACCUGAAGAAACUCCACGGUACGACAUUGUACGCACUCGUGGAUAAGUAAAGUAGUACAAUUUCAAGUCUAUUUAGUUAGAAUAAUUUACUUCAAUUUAAAAUAAAAUGCACUGAAUAAACUUUUGAAGUAUUUAUGAAA